AUGACAAGCUUUGCAUGUGAAGAACCUUCAUCAUGUACAAAUUUACAAUCAGCUAUUUGUUUACAUUGUAAUCGUCGAUUAUGUCUUCAACAUAUAACUGAACAUAAUAAAAUUAUUCCUAGUAGUAUUCAAAAUCUUUCAAAUGAACUUGAAGCUACUUUUCAACAAAUUAAUGACAAAUAUGAUAAAACUAAAGAUACAUAUAAUGAUUUAUUAACAUCAUUAAAUCAAUGGCGAACACAACAAAUAGAAAAAAUGGAACAAAUGUAUAAAAAUAAUUUAGAUUCCAUUGAAUCUCAACAAGAAUCUUUGAAUAUGUUACAUCAAGAAUUAGCUGAUGUACUUGAUCGUGAUGCUCGACAAGAAUUAGUACAUAUACAAUCUCACAAGGAUGCCAUUAUGAAAAGACUUCAUCAUAUUCAUCGAACAAUUAAAAAAGUACAGCAACACAGUUCACAAUUAAAAUGGAACUUCUCAAUAUUACCAUCACCAAUUAAUUCUCAAUCGCCUCCUGAAGAUUCGUCGUUGAUGCAGAUUGCAAUGAAUAUACCAAAAUCAAAUAUUCACGAUUUACCUCGAAAAAGAAAGCUUUCGACUGAUUCUUCAACAGAUGAUGUUAUAAAUCUACGAAAAUAUCGCUCAUUUAAACGACUUGUUGACAUGUUUGCUAAUAUAUCAUCUAUAGAACAAAGUAAGAUUGAUAUUGGCAACUAUAUUAAACAACAAGGUCCUCAUUUCCAGUUUCCUAUUCUUGUUUGUUCGUAUCUUACAGCUUGGCAUAGAAAGUUAGGAAUCAAUGAAAAAAUUAUUCUUCUUAAUGAACAUCUAUCAACUAUUAAAGAACAUGUAGGAAAUCGUCAUUCCAGUUAUGUUGUAUUAUUAGGUAUACAUGCAUUCUUUUUUAAUGAAAGCAUUCAAGGAAAUAAGAGAGAAAUGAUGACAUUUUUAUUACAAUAUUUUGUCAAUCAUCAAUGUAUUAGUCGAAAUGAAAUAGUCGAUUGGUAUAAUAAUAUAGAAUUACAUGGUUAUCAAGGUUUCGAUGAUGCUAAGCAAUUAACUGCUCCAUUUAUUAAAUCACUUUGCAUAAACAAUACGGUUUCAAAUACACAAACAGUUUCAGUCAAUCAAAAUUUGGUUGAACAAUUUAAUACUAAUGAGAUUAAACGAGAACCAGGUGUAUUCACUUGA